GACCAAGUGAUUGAAAGAAAGUACCCUCUUUUAGACUCUCUGUUUCACGCACGCCUAUCACAAGUUCCCAUUUUGAGAAUCAAAACAAAAGUUUCCACAUCCCACGCAAAUCCUUAAAAAAAGUGUAAAGCUUGAUAAAGAGGAAGCUAUAAUGGGACACACUUUCUUACCGUGGGCCCAGCCCAUGACGUGGUGAGAGGUCAGACCUGGACGGACCGACCUCGAUGUAGCUUCGAGGAACCAAACCCUCUAUUCUGCAACAAAGUGAAAAAUUGUGAAAACCAAAAGAAGCCCAAAUGUGCAUAGCUGUGUUCGUAUGGCAAAACCACCCAAUUUACCCGCUCCUUCUGUUGUUCAACAGGGACGAGUUUAAAAGUAGGCCAACAAAGCCUUUGGCAUGGUGGGAAGGAGGGAAGAUCUUAGGGGGAAGAGAUGGGCUGGCAGGAGGGACAUGGCUGGCUUGUACCAGAGAUGGCAAGGUGGCUUUUAUCACAAAUGUUAGAGAAGUUGAGAAACUUGCUCAAGCUAAGAGCAGAGGGGACCUCCCAGUUCGGUUCUUGGAGGGCAAAAAGAGUGCCAUGGAGUUUGCUGAGGAAGUUGCAGAGGAGGCAGGUCAGUACAAUGGGUUUAAUCUGAUAUUGGCUGAUCUUUGUUCCAAGGCCAUGGUUUAUGUAACCAACAGACCAAAGGAGGACAAAAGUUUUGUCACCGAGGUCUCACCUGGGAUUCAUGUACUGUCAAAUGCACAGCUAGAUUCUCCUUGGCCUAAGGUUCAACGACUAGGCGACAGUUUCAAAGAGCUACUACACGAACACGGCGGCGACAAUGAUCUUCCGAUCAAAGAAAUGGUUGAAAAACUGAUGAUGAACACGAUUAAAGAUGAUGAAGAAAGCUUGCUGCCUCACGUUUAUCCUCCAGAACUGGAAUACCAUUUGAGUUCCAUAUUUGUAGAAAAAGCCCCUCAGCUGGGACAUUAUGGCACCAGAAGCACAUCAGCAUUGUGCGUGAAGACAAGUGGGGAAGUUAUCUACUAUGAGAGAUAUCUGGAAAAUGAACUGUGGAAAGAAGGGACAGUAACUUAUCACAUGGACAUGGGCAGAGGAGAAGAAGAAAAAUAGUCAGUUUAUGGAUCCUUUGCUAACCUUAAACCCCACAUCCCAUCUGGGAUUUUUCAGACAAAAGGCUUCAUUAUUGUGGCUAGUUCAGAUUUUACAGAUUCUGUCUCUGCUUACAUGUGGGUUUAUGGUGCCUUAAACUUAUCAGAUUUUACAGAUUCUGUCUCUGCUUGCAUGGGGGUUCAUCUGAAAGAGACUUGCUCCAGUGAUUAAGAGCAUUUGCCCUGCAUCUUAGGUUCGAUUCCCCCUUCCCAUUAUAUCAAAAGAAAGAUAUGUUCAUAUGUGUAAACUAUCUGUUUCAUUAUUAAUCAAUAACAUAAGCAUGAGGAUCUCA